AUGUCCGUUUUAAAAUUAAGAUCGCCUGAGUAUUUCCAAAAUAAUGAAGAUUGGAGCUUAUUUAGUUACUUGGAAUAUCGCAAGACUCUGGAAGAUUUUCGAUCAAGUAAAGCAGAUGAGCACUUCUUUUAUUUCAAAAAUCUAGAGUAUAUAGCUGAAGAACACGAAAAUAAGGAACAUCGCGAAAAAGCAAAGAGGUAUAUCGAUGAAUUUGAUUUAAGACAUGCCGAAAGUACAAUACGUGCCGUAAAUGAAGAAACAGAAGAAAUUCGUUUAGUUUCAUCUUCUGAAACUGGGUUAUUAUUAAAACGUAAGAGACAAGAUGACAUGAAUUGUUUUGAUAAAGGAGCUGACAAACGAAACUGUUGCGAAACUCUGGAAAUUAAGACUUCUUUACCGCAACCAUCUUAUACUGAAUCUCAAGCAUUAAACGAAGAAACCGACAGCGAAAUAAAAUCUAUCGAUGAUGAAAUUUCUCUUAAUUCCCGUACGAACGUCUCUUCUGAGACUUCUCUUUCACAACAAUCUCAUACACCUUUGGAAUCGGCAAAAGAAGUAGGGGACAUGUCUGUUUCUUCCGCAAUUGUAAAAUUCGAAGAAGCAUACUCUAAAUUAGAUCCAAAUUGUAUAUUGACGCUUGAAAGUGGUCGAAAAGUGGAAGAAGUAAUCUAUGAGUUUGCUAGAAAUUUACCUGGAGAGACAUAUGGUAAUGAAUAUGAUAAAAGUCUUCAUCAUGAUCUCGAUUUCAUUAAUCAUGCGUACCGGAGUAUGUUAUUUUUAUGGGAUCGGGAAGAGAACCUUUUUGAUUCUUCGAAGUUAGAGAGAUGGUAUGAAACGAACGUUUGGAGCAACUUGAUCGAUCCGACAUUUCACGCUAUUAACGUUGAUUUGGCGCGUGGUGAGGGCAUGAGCUGUUCAUCAAGUGAUAGAAAGAAUCUUACCAGAACGAUUAAUGAUCGAAAGAAGUUCGACCGAAAAGGGGAUGGUGUUUUUAGGUUAGUGGGGAUCGCCUGGAAUUUGGACAUGAUCGCACAGCUUAUUACUGUAUGUGAUAUAAGAGAAGAACUUGUUAAGAAAUUGGAAGUUAUCGGGAUUCUUCAUGGAGCCAAUGGAUAUAUUUCUCGUGUCAAGCAUAGGAAGUUCUAUGAAGUUUCCGGACGCUUAACUAAAUCAAAUCCACUUGCUUUGGUCUUGAAGGAGAUAUUAUGCGCGAAAACUAUUAUUCUACGGACAUUAGACUUGAUAAACCAAAAAGAUGACGUUAAUCUUGAAAAUUUCCUUGAUGACUCCGAUGAACAGGAUGGGUGUUAUACGCCUCCUCCCAAAGUUAAUACAACUCCUACUUUCGAGACUCCAAAGACAGUGAAAACCAAAGAUGUGAUUAACAAAAAAAAAAAGAGAUGUUGUUAUAUACUUAAUAUGAGUAGUUAUUAG